AUGGCACCCUUCACUGAGCCUCAUCACAUACGAUGGCAGAACGAGGCAAAGAGGGCAUUUGGAGCGACUCUGCCGGCUUGGACUGUUGCCGACGACAACGACGACUAUGAUGUUCACAUUAUGAAGACUCCCUCGAGGAGAUCGAGGGCCAGGCGCGACAACAGCAGAGUUGCAUCCAAGGAGCCUGAGGUGAUGAUUUCUAUCCUGAGGGAACCUUUCAACAAGCGAACAGAAGACAAGGCAACCAAGGAGACGACUAUGGAAAACGAAAAGCCAACCACAUACGACGACAAGCUUGAGGGCGAAAGUGAUAGCGAAAGCGGAGAGGACGGCAAAAGUGGCAGUGACUCCGAUAGUGAAGAUGAUAAAGAGGACGGGGGUGAAAGUGAGAAGGAAGAGGACGAGACCGAACAAGACACCGCAGACGCCGACUCAACGGACCCCAUCAAUAUCAAGUUGCCAGCAUCAUCAACAAACAACCCAUCAAUGGCCGCUCCAUCGGCGGAGGGAAGUGCAGCGGAUUCUGGAGGCCUGGUUGCUGGAAGCGAUGGCGUACAUUCAAAUGUCCACAAGAUCCUCUUGGGUGUAGGAUCAGUCGGUGGCUUUCUACUCUUACUUGGUCUUGGUUUUCUCAUCUGGAAGUUCUAUUCAAAGCGAGACUCACCAAAGAAGACCGUUCCUGUCGACGACAUGUCUUUCGAUAAGCCCAGUCGUUUCGAGACCCUCGUCUCCAAAGUCCCCUUCCUCGGAUCACGCUUCGGCCACCAAGGCUGGUACACAAUCGAGGCUCCUACUCCUCCUCCCUCAUAUAGCGCCGAAAAGAUGCAGCCCCUCUCACCUUCACCCACAAUCCUCUCACCUCUACCAAUGCCACCUCUUCCCAAGCAAUCCAGCUCUCAUCUUGCCGUGCCUACUAAGCCUUGGGGUGCUUAUCGCAUGAGCAGCAGGACCACACGAACAAACUACGACAUCGACGCUAUCAGCCCUACAAGCACAACGUUCGUUGAGAGCGCCACCGCUGUCCAGGUCAUUGCUCGUCAUGAUCCCAAAGAAGGUCUCUCAUCAGCCGACAAGCCGCAGCACAAGCGAGUCCCUUCUGCGAUACCGUUGCCAUACGAUGUCACGCGCCGCCAGACUGGCGUCAGUGAGCUAUCCUCCAUCUCUUCUGGUUUCGGCGACUACGACAUCGUCGUGACACCGACCUACCAGACCAUCCAAAGUGUCCCUUCACGCCCCGAACCUUCUCGCCAACCCACGUGGAAGUCUUCUGCCUCCAGCCGCCGCGAUACUACAUCCACCAUGGCUUCCGUAGAUGCUCGGCCACGAUUCCGCUCUGUUAACUCAUGGGUAAAGCAGCAGAAUGGUCAAUUAAGACGAGCUCAGAAGCAACAAGAGAACGGCUAUGAUAGUGACGCUCCCCCAGUUCCCGCUCUGGCUUUCCCUCCAGACCAGGACUUUAGAUACAUGUUGCCUGAUGACGAGAGACCACGUCCAGUGGAGAUGGUCUAA